AUCUAUUACAUGACUGCCUUUAGUGUUAAUGACAUCGUCUAAGGAAGUAACAGAGAUCGAUGAUCCUUCUUUGGAGGAAAAACUUACUAAUGAAGAGUAUAGAAUUUGGAAGAAAAAUUCACCUUUCUUGUAUGAUUACCUUUUAACACACGCUUUAGAAUGGCCCAGUCUUACUGUUCAGUGGAUGCCUCAUGUUCAUAAAAUUCCUGAAAAUGAUUAUUAUGAACAUCGCCUUUUAAUUGGUACACAUACUUCCAAUCAGGAGCCCAACCACCUAAUGAUUGCAAAGCUCCGAAUUCCCGAUAGGGAAGAAAUUGACAAAGGCGUGGUCGAUAAAUCCGAAUUUGGGUCUUUCGGACUUGACGAAGAUAUGUUUGUCAUUGAGCAGAAAGUCAAUCAUGAAGGGGAGGUGAACAGAGCAAGAUAUAUGCCUCAAAAUCAUUUUGUUAUAGCCACCAAAGGACCGCAGGCCGACGUUUUAAUUUUUGCCUAUGACAAACAUGAAAGUUCUGAUCGCUCAGGAAUUUGUAAACCUGAGUUACGGUUAAAAGGCCACGAAAAAGAGGGCUAUGGCCUUUCCUGGAAUUUGCAAACCAAAGGCCAGUUGCUUAGCUCGGCUGACGACAAGCUUAUUUGCCUCUGGGAUGUACAGGGAGAUUCAAAAGAAGAAAAAAUUUUGUGGGCUCUUAAUAAGUUUUCUGGCCAUACGAAAAUAGUUGAGGAUGUGCAGUGGCAUCCCCUUCACGGAAGCAUAUUUGGUUCAGUGGGAGACGACAAACGCCUAUUGAUAUGGGACAUAAGGGAAUUUGAAUCAAGCCGACCGCGGCACAGCGUUGAAGCGCACACGGCGGAAGUCAACUGUCUUUCGUUCAACAACUUUUCCGAGUACAUACUAUGCACCGGCUCUGCAGACAGGACGGUCGCCCUUUGGGACCUGCGAAACUUAAAGGCAAAGCUACAUUCGUUCGAGUCGCACACUGAUGAAGUGUUCCAGGUGCUGUGGUCUCCCCACGAAGAGACCGUCCUGGGGUCUUGCGGUUCAGAUAAACGUCUUAAUAUUUGGGAUCUCAGCAAGAUAGGCGAGGAGCAAACUGCAGAGGACGCGGAGGACGGUCCUCCGGAACUGUUGUUUAGGCACGGCGGGCACACUGCUAAGAUCUCCGACUUUUCGUGGCAUCUCGAAAAGCCCUGGUUGAUCUGUAGCGUGGCCGAAGACAAUGUCUUCCAAGCUUGGGAAGUGGCGAAAGCUUUAUACUCGGAAGAGGAACCCGAAAUCGAGGCAACAGAAUUAGAAGCCUAGAAGCUUCAAUGUUAACCGAAGGGCAAUUCGAAAUUUACUUUUAAUAAAAA